UAAUAAUAGUAAGGAUAAAGAAAGAAAGAAAGGAAAAGAAGAAGAAACCAGGAGACCAAUCGUUUGGAGAUUGAGUAACAACAAUGUCCGGAUCCUUGUCGAAUCUGUAUCUCGCUGGUUACAACUCUCUUCAGGCCGCUGGAUGGACAAUAUCUCUGUUGAAGAUAUUGAAUAACUUUAUUACUGCCAAAUCGUUCAACGGCGCCUAUGCCUCUGCCGGAGAUCAGCUCUGUUUUCUACAAGCUUUCGCUUUCUUGGAGGUUAUUCAUGGAGCAAUUGGUAUUGUUCCUAGUGGAUGGGUUAAUCCCUUAUUUCAAUGGGCAGGAAGGUCCAAUUUCCUAUUGCUGAUUGUUAGACCAAUUUAUGAGGUCCAGGAGCUACCUGCUGUUUACUUGACAUUAAUUGCUUGGUGCCUAAUUGAGGUAGUCAGAUAUCCAUACUAUGCUUUUACUUGUAUAGGAGAUUGCCCGUACUUGAUCACUUACCUCAGGUACACAGCAUUUAUUGUAUUGUAUCCUGUUGGGAUGAUUGCUGAAAUGUGGCUCAUGUACCAAGCACUUCCUUACAUAAAAGAUAAAAGUCUCUAUGCAGAUUCAUUUAAAAGUCUUCAUUUUAGCUACUGCGACCUGGUUAAGGUUAUACUUUUGGUGUACCCACUUGUCUUUCCCAAGCUUUACCUGCAUCUAUUCAGGCAGCGGAAGGCAAAGCUUUUUGGUAAAACACACGAGAAGAAGAAGAGAAGAUGACAAACAAAAACCAUUGAGCACCUGUAUUAAUCUUGUAAGAUUUUUGGGGAAGCAAUGGGCUGCCUAGGAAGCUUGAAAUAUGGUGUGACUGUAUAUUGUCAAGUUUGUAAGGAGAAUGAAUACCUCUUUUGUUUUUGCAUUUGAAUUAUAGCAUGUAAUGGAAUGAUUCAAUACUCACAAUAUGUUGGUAAAAUCUGUCGUGUUUAAUUGAAUUAAUGCUAUAUAUAUUGGAGUUUGGUCUC